AUGGAUACGAUUGCCAGCUUCAGCGGACUCCAUUUGAGAGUUGUAUUUGACGACAACCUUCCCAUCGAGGUCCCUAGACCGGCCCGUGGCCAGAUUGCCGAGUGUGAGAAGCACGACCAGCAGUUGGCGGAUGGUUUCUUUUGCCCAGAGAGGCUACUUGACGUACAGGGCACCGAGUUACGUUUGGUGGCACGCGAAGAAGCCUUCACGGCAGCACAGAUUCCGAAGUACGCCGCUCUCAGUUACUGCUGGGGCUCGACAGAUGAUGAUGCUCGCGCGCAAAUCACACUGACGCAAGGAAGUCUCGCCCAGCACCGGCUUGGGAUCCGGUUCAAAAGGCUACCUCUCUCGGUGCAGGAUGCGGUUGCCAUGACUAGGGCCCUUUCUCUGCGCUACCUGUGGGUUGAUGCACUUUGCAUCUCGCAGGACGAUCCAGCUGACUGGGACCUACAAUGCGUGGAUAUGCACAAGAUCUACGGCAACUCCUUUGUCACCCUCUGCGCUGCUUCCUCACAGAGCUGUCGCCAGGGAUUCCUCCAGCCUAAACCAGAGCAUCGGAUCUUGAUGCCAUACCGGUCAUCCUUUGCGCCCUUUUCUGGGCAGUACUGCUUGCGACUGAGGGGGGUCGAAGCCGAUAUUGACUACGCCUCUGUAGUGACAAGCCUCAGGAUCGCAUUUGUCGCCAGGGAUACUCGACAUGAGGAUUUCAAAACGGACAGUCGGUGGGCAAGGAGAGGUUGGGUGUUUCAAGAGAGGGCUUCAUCCCUCCGUAGCAUCGUGUUUGGAAAACAAAACCUUCACUUCGUCUGCUCCAAAACCACCAAAACAAUGAAUGCUUCCUACAGCAGUUACGAAGCAGAAAUAUGA